AUGCAAAGUGGUGGUUCUUCAUCUUCUUCAAGUGCUAGAAUUGUUGAAUUAGUAGAAAAUCAGUCUGCAAUAGAAGUUGAAUUGGAUUGGAAUGAUAUUGAUGCUGAUCCAGGAAAACGAAAGUCAAUAGAGGCUUUUGAUGUUGCUAUUCGGGAUAGAGUACGGAGAGAGUAUUUGGUUAAAGGUCCUUGUCAACCAAUUGGGAAUACAUAUCCGAAAAAGAAAUAUGAAAAAUUCAAUCAACAUGUUGGGGCUGCAAAUAGUUGUCACAAUAAUGCUCGAAUUCAGUUUGAAGCUUUUCAAGAUCAAUGGCACAGUGUGGCAAAUGUAUUUCGAGGUUUGCCUUUUCGUGGACACGAUGAAUCAAGUAGUUCUUCAAAUCUAGGUAAUUUUCUUGAGUUGCUUCAAUGGCUUGGUCAACAUAAUGUCGAUGUUUCCAAAGUGUUGGGUACAAAUGCUCCUGCUAAUAAUCAGAUGACUUCUCCACGAAUUCAAAAGGAAUUAGCAAAUGCUUGUGCUUCAGAAGUCACACUUGCCAUAGUCAAAGAUAUUGGGGAUAGAGUUUUCAGUAUCUUGGUUGAUGAGGCUCGAGAUGUUUCAUUGAAGGAACAAAUGGGUGUUGUUUUAAGAUACGUGAAUAGUGAAGGAUAUGUGAUUGAGCGAUUUCUUGGGAUUGUACAUGUAACUGACACUUGUUCUCGUUAUUUAAAAAAUGCUAUUGAUGCUUUAUUAGCGAAGCAUAAUUUAUCUCUAUCCAGAGUGAGAAGUCAAGGAUACGACGGAGCUUCAAAUAUGCGAGGUGAGUUCAAUGGAUUGAAAUCUCUAAUAUUGCAAGAAAAUCCUUAUGCCAUGUACAUCCAUUGUUUCUCUCACCAACUCCAAUUAAUAAUUGUUGCUAUUACUAAGGGUGUUAGAGUUGUGAAGGAUUCUUUUAACUAUAUCUCUAUGAUUGUGAAUAUGGUUGGAGCAUCUUGUAAGAGAAAGGAUCAACUUAGGAAGUUGCAACAUGAAAGAUUAGUUGCACAACUUAAUGAUGAAGAAGUGACUAGUGGAAGAGGUCAAAAUCAAGAAACUACUUUGGUUGUUGAUUUAAUUAUACAAGAGAUGAAUAAUCGGUUUUCUGAAGCUAGCACCGACUUGCUAAAAUUCAUAGCGUGUCUUGAUCCAAGAAAUUCUUUCUCUGAAUUCAAUGAGAAUCAAGUCAUUCAUAUUGCUACUUUAUAUCCCGAGGACUUCUCUGUGAGCGAAUGUUUACAUCUUCCACGACAAGUUAGUAACUUUAUUGUUAAUGUGCGGUGUGAUCCUCAAUUUGUUGCGCUUAGUGAUUUGGGAAGUUUUGCUAUGAAAAUGGUCAAAACUAAGAAGCAUUUAGUUUUUCCAUUGGUCUAUCGGAUUAUUGAGUUGGCCUUGGUUUUACCUGUUGCUACUGCUUCUGUUGAGAGAGCAUUUUCUGCAAUGAAGACUAUCAAGACUGAUUUACGAAAUCGAAUGGGAGACGAGUGGAUGAAUGACAGUCUAGUUGUGUACAUUGAGAAGGAUAUUUUUUCAACGAUUGAUAACGAGCCGAUCCUGCAGCGUUUUCAAUCGAUGAAAACACGUAGAAUUCAAUUGCCGCCGCUUUAG